AUGGCGGAUGCUAUUGUUUCGGUUGUGUUGGAGCGUAUUGCAGCUCUCGUGGAAGAGAAGAUCCGAGACGAAGUAAAUUUGGUGAGAGGAGUUAAGAAGGAGAUUCUCAGACUUUCCGAUGAUCUGAACACAGUUAGAAAUGUGUUGGAGGAUGCGGAGAAGAAGUGGUACAAGGAAAAAAGCAUCAAAGAUUGGUUGACGAGGCUCGAAAACACGACGCAUGAAAUGGACGACGUGUUGGACGAGUCGCGCUACUCCAUUCUCGAAUUUCAGAUGGAAGAAUCGAAUGCUGCUGCCGAAGUUCCUCGUAAGCAGAAGAAAAUUGUUGUACGUCGUGAGAUUGGCUUGAAAAUAAAGCAAGUGAAAGCACGGCUUGAUCUAAUUCUGGCGGAGAAAGAUCGGUAUGGUUUUGCUAUCACAGAACAAUCAUCAUCGUCGUCUGAUCUUCCGCAUGGCGAAUCUUGGAGAGUUCAAUCUACUUCUUUGAUCGACUUAAAGGAAGUAUGUGGACGCGAAUCAGAGAGAGAAACUCUGGUGGCCAAACUUGUGGCUGAAGGUAGUAGCGAACAGGAGGCAUGCGGCGUUUGCCUUCUCUCUGUAGUGGGUGUGGGAGGACUUGGGAAGACAACUCUUGCUCAGCUAGCUUAUAACGAUAGUCGAGUAAAGAAUUGUUUCGAAUUAAGAAUAUGGAUAUGUGUUUCGGAUCCGUUUGAUGUGUUUGGUAUUGCCAAUGACAUCAUUGUGAAAGUGGGAGGGAGUAAACCACAAGAUGCCAAGCAGUUAGAUAUGUUGUUGGAUUGUGUAACAAAGUCUAUCUCGAGGAAAAAAAUUCUUCUUGUUCUGGAUGAUGUUUGGGCGGAAGAUGAUACUUUGUGGAAAGCCCUGAAAAUCGCUCUCAAUUGUGGUGGUGGACUCGGUAGCAAAGUUCUGGUGACAACUAGAAACGAAAGGGUUGCAAUAAUGAUGGGAGCCUCUGAGAAUGGGAUCCAUCAUUUAGGACAUCUCUCUGAUAAAGAUUGUUGGUUAUUAUUACGUCGGAUUGCCCUUUGUGGAAAGAACGAGGAGGAAUGUGAAAGAUUUGACAAGAUAGGUAAGGCGAUAGCCAAUAAGUGCAGGGGGUUGCCAUUUGCAGCAAAGACUUUGGCAAGUCUUUUGCGUUUCAAGAAGACAAUGGAAGAGUGGGAGAGCGUGUUGAGUAGUGAAAUAUGGGAGUUGGAGAAGGUGGAAGUUGAGCUAUUCCCCCAUUUGCUUCUGAGUUACAACGAGUUGUCCCCAGCACUCAAGCGCUGCUUCUCGUAUUGUGCUGUGUUUCCUAAAGAUACCAGAAUUGAUGUGGAGACUCUAAUAACAAAAUGGAUGGCACUAGGUUACCUUGGAUCAAAUGCCGGUGACAGCUGGAAAAUUAGAGGGAGAGAGUACUUUGAUAAUUUAGCAGCGCAUUCUUUGUUUCAAGACUUUAAGAAAGAUGGCGACGAUAAGAUAGAAUCGUUUAUGAUGCAUGACAUUACAUCUUUGGAUGCCCUCACGAGUGUGAGGUUGCUAUGCCUAAGGAGUUGUAGCUCGAGACGCAUUCCAAGAAAAACAGAAAAGUUGAUUCACUUGAGGUGGUUGGACUUGGGUCAUAAUGACUUUGCCUGUGACGAUGGUCUGAAGUCCAUUUGUCAGCUUUAUAACUUGCAAUUCCUUUGGGUGGACCAAUGUGAGCUACUAGAGAUUCCUUCGGAAGUCGGAAAUUUGAUUCACUUGAUACACCUGGACUUGGGGUACAAUACACAUCUGAAAGAGUUGCCAGAAAGCCUGUGCAAUUUGCGUGAAUUAGAAAGCUUGAUUGUUGAAGGGUGCACGAAUCUUGCUCGACUUCCCCAAGGAAUCCAUAAACUCGUAAACCUCAAACACCUCAAUGUUGAUGGUACUGAUUCUCUGAAGCAAUUUCCUCAAGGACUAGCCCAUUUAACCCGUCUCGUGGCAUUGGAAAAAUUCCUUCCGUGUGAUGGGAGCAGGUUGGGAUGGUUGAAGAAUUUAAACCGACUUAGCGGGAAGAUGGAAUUGGAGUUAGAAAUAAGACGUCAUGAUUCAGUAGCGGCGGUGGUGGAGGAUGCUCGCGAAGCGGAAUUGUGGAAAAAGAUGCACGUUCAUGAACUGAGAUUAAAUUUUCAUGGCGAGUCAUCAUCGGUUUGGAUUGACGUACUAGAUGCUCUGAAGCCACAUCCAAAUCUCCAACAUCUAACAAUUUACAACUACAAUGCCUCGCGACUUCCGGGAUGGAUCGCAUCGCCGCACAACCAAGUCACAUCUAUUUCCCUCCGUUAUUGUGAAUCCCUUUCGACGCUUCCGCCGCUGGGUAAACUACCGCUACUGGAGACUCUUCAUAUUCAUGGUUUAUCGGAAUUGGAUUUUGUUGGACGGGAAUUCCUGGGAAUAACAACAACAACAACAACAACAUCUUCAUCUCCGUCGGUGGGUACUAUUAUUGGUGGCUUUCACAAAUUGAAGAAACUGACGUUUUCGUUCUGUUCAAAGUGGAAGGAGUGGGAGGACAUUACGGCUGAAGAAGAAGAAGAUUCUUAUAAAGAUGCCGUCUCAUCAAUAAUGCCUUGCCUGACGGAGUUUGAGAUCAAUUUCUGCGAGGGAUUGACGGAGCUGCCGCGACGCCUAAUGCGUAAGUUGUCAUCAUCCUUGAAGGUGUUGGUUAUUAAAAGCUCCAAACUUGUAGAUGCUCUUCAGCCACAUCCAAACCUGCACGAGCUCACUAUCGGCAACUACCAGGGACCGCAACUUCCACAAUGGAUCGUGUCGCCACUCAACCAACUCACUUUUAUUUACCUCGACAAUUGUCAACACCUUGUGCCGCUGCCGCCGCUGGAUAAACUACCGCUACUCGAGACUCUUUGUAUUAAAUCUCAUAAUCUAUUGGAAUUUCUUGGACGUGAAUUCCUCGGAAUAACAGCAACAACAACAGCAUCUUCGUCGGCGGGUACUAUUAUUGGUGGCUUUCCCAAGUUGAAGAAACUGACGUUUUCGUUCUGUUCAAAGUGGAAGGAGUGGGAGGAUAUUACGGCCGAAGAAGAACAUUCCGAAGUUGCCGCCUCAUUAUUAAUAAUGCCUUGCCUGAAGGAGCUAGAGAUCACUUUCUGCAACGGCUUGAGGAGGCUGCCACAUCGCCUCCUGCGAAAGGUGUCGUCGACGUUGAAGAAGUUGGAUAUUUCUUGUUCGACACAACUGAAAAACGUCUACGGGAACAAGUAUGGUCAACCCUGGAAAUCAAUAACACAACACAAUCCACACCUUCGCCUCAUUGAUUGAAGUUGUUUAUUUUUUGGGUCACUCAACUUUGCUUUCUUUUUCAUUUUCUACUACGGCAUUUAUUUCAUUUUAUUUUCCAUUUCUUGUUUUUUCAUGUAUAUGAAUAUUACUUCCCAUUUUCUCUUUCAUUAUGCACACUGAGAUUAUACAA